GAACGAUGCGUUUAAAUUCGAAGACGGGAAUUGGACAGUAUGACAUGCGACGGCUGGGUUCGUAACGUUUACUUCCUCCGUCGCGUUAGUUAGGGUUUUCAGAGCUUCAGUUUCUUUCAAUUCUUCCCAAACUCACCUUGGUUCACAUUCCUCAUUCCAAUUAACGCGAUUUCGACACAGGUAUUUGACCCCGAUCAACACAAAAUCCCAGUUUCGCUUCGGCAACUCGCGUGAUCAACGAACGAUAACAUCGUUCCUUCUCGUGAAGAAGUUGGCGAUGGCGAGAAAGACUAGUUGCUGUGCGAUUUGCGAGAAUUCGAAUCUAGCUUCGAUUUGCUCUAAUUGUGUCAAUUACAGGUUGAAUGAUUAUAGUGCGUCGUUGAAUUCACUUAAAGACCGUUGGGAUUCGUUGUACUCGAAAUUGAGCGAAGUUCUUGUCCGCAAGGGAAAAGCGGAUGAUCAGACAAAUUGGAGAGAGCUUCAACAUGAGAAGCUUGCACGGUUGAGGGAGAAGCUCAGUCACAGUAAAGAACAAGUUGCUCAAGGAAGAGCAAAGAUAGAGACUAUGUCCACUGGUCUCAAACAUAAAUAUGGAGUGCUUGAGUCUGCAUUUUCUACGUUGGAAAAGAAUCGGGUGGAACAACUGGAGAAGUUCUACCCUAAUCUUAUAUGCACCCAGAGCUUAGGGCAUGUGGCAAUUACCUCCGAACGUCUUCAUAAACAGACUGUGGUCAUUAAACAGAUAUGCAAGCUGUUUCCUCAACGACGGGUAGUGAUAGAGGGAGAGAGAAGGGAUGGCUCUAGUGGUCAAUAUGAUCAAAUUUGCACUGCACGCCUACCAAGAGCACUUGAUCCACACUCUGUUCCAUCAGAAGAGCUUUCAGCUUCUUUGGGAUACAUUGUGCAACUUUUAGAUCUUGUUGUUCACAAUUUGGCUGCCCCAGCACUUCACAACUCAGGUUUUGCGGGUUCUUGCUCUCGAAUAUGGCAACGAGAUUCUUAUUGGGAUGCACGUCCAUCUUUGAGGAGUAAUGAAUAUCCCCUUUUUAUACCUCGCCAAACAUAUUGCUCAGCUAGUGGAGAAACCUCAUGGACUGAUAGAAGCUCAUGCAAUUUUGGUGUUGCCUCGAUAGAAUCUGAGAGGAGGCCUUACCUGGAUUCAUUUGGGAGUAGUAGCUUUAAUUAUUCUUUAGCAGCUUCACAUACUGUUCAGACACACAAAGAUUUGCAGAAAGGGAUUUCACUUCUGAAGAAAAGUGUAGCAUGCAUCACAGCUUACUGUUACAACUCGUUAAGUCUGGAUGUUCCUUCUGAGGCAUCUACUUUUGAAGCACUUGCCAAAUUAUUGGCUACACUUUCAUCAACAAAGGAAGUUCGAUCUGUUUUUUCCUUAAAAAUGGCUCGCUCUAGGUAUGUUAAACUCAUGGUUUUGCUCACUACGAUUUUGUUCUCCAAAAGUUUGCUGUAUCAUGCUAUUUCGUCAACUACUUUGCUGGACAGUACACAUUCUGUGCCCCCGAUGAGAAUUGAAAAUUAUAUGCCAAGUUCUGGUGCCAGUUUUCUUUAUGCCACCGAUUUAUCUGAUGAUAAAAGUGAAAUUGAAGGAUGGGAUAUAAUAGAGCAUCCCAAAUUUCCUCCGCCACCAUCACAAAGUGAAGAUGUUGAGCACUGGACUCGAGCAAUGUUCAUAGAUGUUAAAAGAAAGUGAUCUCUGCAGCAUAUUUUUGCUUAAUAUGAAGAGCGCUAAAGACUUAGCUGACAGAAUAUUCUGGAGCAUCAAUUUGUAACGUAUUUGUACAUUUUAGUUCCUUGCCUUCCUCCCCCGUAUUAUAUAGAAGUGAGAAAUGUGCUAUAGGCAGGAUUUAUUUACUAGUUUUAAAUGCUUCAAAGUAUAAAAAUAUUAAAUGUAUUAAAGCAACAAAAUUAAAAUUAUUACAAAGUUGUUCGUUUGAUUUUAAUAAAUGCCCUUUUUAUUUCUUACCUAACCAAACAAUUUUGUCAUGGUUACUCUCACAAUACGACGCUUAACAACCUGCCCAGCACUUGUUUAAUAAACUGCGAAAGACCCCCAAAUGGGUGAGUAGAGCACUGAAGAGAAUCUAACCAGCUAACUCUAAAAUCACAUUAGAGUGCUGUCCCCCAAGCUGUAUUAAGACUCUGCGAAGUACAUUAACACCGCAAAGAAUAAAGAUUGUUGAUGACAACCGGACAAAGACACGCAAAUGAAC